CCUGCAUGACAUGCAUAAGCCCACUCCACGUGGUCGAGCAGAAAGACAAGUGUCGCCUGAUUCAGGAUCUCCGAAAGGUGAAGGACGCACUAAUCGUCCCCAAAUUUAAAUAUGAGGGACUCAACCGUGUAGCGGACCUUGCUCGCCAAGGGGACUGGAUGUUCUCCAUCGACUUGAAAUCAGGCUAUCACCAUGUCGACAUCCAUCCCUCGUGCUGGACGUUCCUCGGCUUUGAAUUCGACGGGCGCACAUACGCCUUCCGAUCCUUGCCGUUCGGCCUCGCCACAGCACCAUUCGUCUUCACGCAGCUCAUCAAGCAAUUAGCUCGGCGAUGGCGGGAGCAGAGAGACCUUGAGCCCGACUUCACCCCAGAUGGAUUCUGGUACUCCAACACCAUACAUGCGGCAGAGAGAAAAUGAGCGUUAGCAGACAUCAGACAAGAAAG